AUGAAAUUCAUAUCAAUUCUACUACUCAUAUCACUUUUGAUAACAAUAUCAACUGCGCUUCCAAAUGUCAGAAACCUAGUCUACUUUAGCUCCGGAAUUCGACCAACUCCAGACGCUUUGGAUACUGUGUUUAGAGAGAAACGUCAACAUGGCUUUGGAGGAUUUGAGAAUAGAUUCAACGACAAUCGACAGGAACGUGAGCACGGCCGAGUCAAGGCAUUGAACCGAGAACAUGAACUCGACUUUGUGCCUUUUCAUCCAUCUGGAUAA